GCAGUGUGGUGACAGUUCAUUGUAAAUAUAUUAUUUCUUCCACCUGUAGUAAAACUGGUUUUUAAUCCACAAUGAGUGAGUGAUUACAAUCUGAACUUUAUUCACAUUACAAGUCGUUUUAUGAUGUGAUAAAGCAAAUCUGAGAAAGUUUUAAUCAAUAAAGGAACAAGAUACAAGAGUGUGAAAUCAAAACCCCACGAACCAGAUUCAUACAAAAUCCUCCUCCAGUUUAAAACCAUAUCUAUUAAAGAGAAACUGACAAACUGUAUUAAAAAAAGUUUGUGGUUCAGCAACACAAUAUUUAUACAAACCCCAGAAGUGGGAGAAAAGGACUGAUGAAGUUGAUUUACAGAGAUAAGAAUAUAUAAUGACGCUGAUUUACAUCUGGAAUUACUGUUAAGUGCAGACACCAAAACAAUUUUGAGUAUUUUCCUCCAGGAUGUAUGGAUGACAUUAACCAUUUCUGUCUGUAUGCUCUUGAUAGGAGUCGUUACCAUGGAUGAAGGUUUUCCAGGGCUCAGACAGAACACACCGGAUGCUUGUGGUGAGACACAAGAAAUGAAGGUCGCCCCGCCUGCGGAUUUCAACAUGCUCCAAAACUGUGCACUGGUUCUGCCCCUGCUGUCUGAGUGUCAGAGGCUUGUGUGGGUGCAUUUAAACCAGGUCGACCUACAGCUGGACGGUAGAGCAGAGCUCGACAAGGCCUUUGAUGGCUUCCCAUAUCUAACACAGAAACAGACAGCCGUGCUGGCCAGGCGCUGCUCCCUGCACCCAGACCAAGUGAAGGUGUGGUUCAUGGUACAGAGGCUUCGCUACGGCAUUAGCUGGGACUACAAAGACAUCCAAGAGGUCCGGAGGAAGUUCAAGUCCAGUCAGGAAAAGAUUCAGGGAAAGGGAGAGCUGGAAAACCGGAUGGGGGGAGAGGUAAAAGAGGAAACAAGCGAGAAGAAGGAACAGAAGAAAGGGAUAAAAAAAUCUGGUGUGAAGAAGGCAGGAAAAAUCAAGGUGGAACAGAGCUCAAAUAUGGGAACGAUGAUGGGAGGAAAUGUGACGGCUAGAGAUGGAAAAAUGAUGCUACCAAAGAACCAAGAGGAUAGUGAGACAGAAACAGCUGCGGAAGUCAAAAGGAAUACUCAGAAAAGGCGCAGAGGGAUGGCAGUUACAAACAAGAUCGAAAAGAGGGAGAUGGAGGAAGACGAUGACGGUUUCAUGGAGAGAGCCAGAGAGGUGGAAAUAAGAAGCUAUCAAGUGACACAAAAGAAGAGGGACACGAGAAACUCCAUCAAGUCAGAGACAAAAUCUAUUGCCAGAGAGAAGAGGGAAAUGCUGCAGUUGACUUUCUCUAACUGCCAGUAUCCAAACGGGGAGGACUUCGACCGCCUGACGAGGUCGAUCGGCAUCCCUCGGCCAGCAUUGGUGCAGUGGUUCAGCGACACACGCUAUUACAUUAAGAGGGGAAAGCCAGGCUGGAUGAGGCAGGAGCAGCACAGCCGGGCACUUGCCAACAUCAGGUACCGGCAGCUCCUGACGAUGUCGGCAAAGCCGCAGCUGAGUAAGGGAAAGCAACAUGGAAGAGGAAGCUUGAGAGGAAGUAGGAAAUUUGUAAAUGUUCAUUCAGAUUAGAAAUGAUGCCUCAGCGUCUCCAGCCGAAACGACAGGAAAGGGAACGAGGAUGAUGUUCGGACG